AGACUUAAAACAAGUCGUCGUUGUCUCCAUGAAAGCAUAUAACCCCUCUAACUCGAGGUCACAUUGUCAGAGGAUAAAUAAUAUUGGAGGAGACAGCAAUGAAGAAGCUGCUUUCUAAAAUGUUAACGAGGCUGAGCAAAAGUCUUGAGAUUACAAUGCCUUCGCGUAUACCACCUACAAAGAACAAAGGGAGGUCAUGGCCGUUAUGGUUAUUUCUUGGAGGGGUUACCUUCAGUCUCGAGGAGUCGUUUAAGAUCGUACAGCGAGAAAUGUACAAGGCACAUAUGGAAUUAAGACGAGAAUGCUUGGAAAUGGAUCCAAGAAAGCUGAAUACAGUUGAAAAUGUGGACAAGUUGGGAUUCGAAAGGGUUGUAUGCAAAGGCGUAUACGAUAAACAAAGAUCGAUCUAUGUGGGUCCAAAGCCUAGAUCCAUGGCUCAAGGGUCUGAAAAUGGAUUCUAUGUCAUUACACCUCUUUUGCCAAUCCCUAAUGAACCAAAUAGUAUGAAGUCACCUAUUCUAGUAAAUCGCGGAUGGGUCCCUUUGGAUUGGGAAGAAAAGUCUGUGGAAUGUAUACAAGCUGAUGAUGUUCUUGUUGCAACCGCUAAUAAGGAUGAGUCUAUAAGAGCUAAGAAACUACUCUCCUCUCAACUAAAUCCCUUGUCAAAGUUCUUGUAUAAGUUUAACAACUCAAUGAUUGCUGAGCAGGAGAAAGUCUCAAAGGCUAUGCAUGUGGAAGUGGUUGGUGUAGUUAGGAAAAGUGAAACUCCAGGCAUUUUUUAUUCACUAGCACAUUAUCCAGGUUCGCUUGCUUGGUUCUUCCUUGACGUCCCUAAGUUAGCUCAGACCAUGGGAUUUGGUGAGGACACGAUCUAUGUAGAGAAGACUCACAGAGAUAUGGAUGAAAGUAGACCUUAUCCAUCUCCUAGACACGUUGAGGACUUGAUCAAAAGUAAAAAGUUACCACUGGAACUGGUCGAUUACAUAGUAUUAUGGAGCUUGAUCUCUCUGGCAUGCUUUAUGAAGUGGAGUACGUGUAUUGUGCAAAGAUAUGGAAAAUGUGAACCUGGUGGUUUAAAGCUAAUACAUAGUCUAUUUCUUUUUGUUGCUUAUAUAAAAUGGAAAGUAUACAGUCAUCGUGACUUAUUCUACGUAAUAGACACUAUUGGUGUUGGGUGUGUCACUAACCUCGACCCAAGGCAACAAGAUGGAGUCAAAGGCAGCAUAGAUUGGGAUGGAGAAGAGAUCGAUGAGAGGACAUGGACCUUGUACUCGUUUAUAUAAGCAAAGGAGAAGAAUAUACUAGAGAGGAGAACUUCAUUUCGAACAAGAACGCUUUAUAUUUAAUCAGUUUUGUUGUAUCCAUAUCUUAUAAAACAUUUAGCAUCUAGAUCGUCAUUUGUACUCUUCACCUCGAUUUAUUAGCAAGUAUGCACUAUCAGUUUUUAGAUUUUA